CAUUCCUGGAGUUGAACAACCUGACUUAUUUAAUUGAUAAAUAAAUCUGUAUCAUAUACAACAUGACAAGAACAACAACAUCAGUGUUGUAUAGAGCUCAAAUUCCAUACAUUUGAAUUGUAACAUCAGUGUUGCCGCCCGCUCAGGUUUAUGCGUGCAAGUAUGUGUGAGAUUAAAACAUUUUAGGAGCUUAAAAGAUCAUUAUGGGAUUAGAGAGAUUUAACUGGGACCCAGACCUACAUCUCCACUCUUACCCAUGUUUCCCUCCUUCCCCUCUUCACAUUCAUGUUUGUAAACCAGGGUCUGUUCUUGGAAUAAAGUCAGUGGACAUCCAAAUUAGGAUGAAAAUCAGCGUUAUCUCACUCAAUAACGGCUCAAUAACAGAAAACAGUUAUGCAACAUGUUUUUCCAGGAGUUCCCGAUAACACACACACACACACACACUCACAGUGUAUAAAAAAGAGGCUAUUUGACUUUGCUCCCCUGCUGUGUAACAUGUAAAUUGUAAAUAAAGCUUUGCCUCACUUCACAUCUGUCUGCAUUGUUCAUUAUUUUCUCCACAUCACCUCCUUCCUCCUCCUCCUCCUCCUCUUCCUCCUCCUUCUCCUUCACCUCUCAGCUGACUCGGCUUUGUUAAACUCUUUUGUGACCACUCAAGAAAACGACUGGUUGAUGUUGGUCAUGGUAAAAAAAAGACAAAUGGAAGAAAUUCGCAGCGUCAAACAUGGAUGUUUAUGAGAGUGAAUUUGAUAUGAUGAUGUGUUUUUGUGGAUUGUGCUGAUGAAUGUUUCAUAAAGGAUUCAGGAGCAGAACCUUUCUGAAAUGUAGUCGGAGCAGAGCGUGGACAAUGCAAAGAAAACCCAGGGAAAGCUCUUCAGAAAUGUCGUAAUACUGGAAACUGCGUUGAUCACAGCAUCAGGAGGACACACGAGAUUUCCCUGUGAGAACAGAAAGAAGAUGUCUGACCUCAGCCAAGUCACAGUGUACUCUGACUCCUCAGGUAUUUAUAAGAAUGUUUUCUCUAACCCUGCCUUUGAGCUGGAAGAAGAGCGAGAGGAAGCGGUGGAGGGCUUCAGGUCGUCGUCGUCCUCUCUGGAACCAGUCGUACCACCAGCAGCUGGCUUGGGCUGGGCUGUGUUUGGCUCUGUGUGUAUGAUGCGUCUGCGAGGCGUGGGUUGUUGCUGGGGUCUGGUGAUCGUCUCUGCAGCCGCUCUGCUGCUGGUCGCCGCCCUGGGACUGCUGCUCGCUCUCAUCCUCUCUCAGAUGAAGGAGCAGGCAGUGGACGAUCACAUGUUGUCCUCCAGCCCUCCGCCGAGUGCAGGAGAUGACACUUCCCACUCUUUGCCCACAGUCGCUUCCAGUAGGAAUGAGUGGGACAGUACAGCCGUGCCACAGGCCUCAGGGACGCCCUUCUCUGACACACGCUGUGGAGGUGUACUGACAGAACCUGAGGGCACUUUCACUUCCCCAAAUUAUCCAGGCUCCUACCCCCAUAACUCCCUGUGUGUGUGGGUGAUUGUAGUCAUGCCCCCCUCCCUGGUUCAGAUCCACGUCUCCUCUCUGACUGUGGAGGGACCUUCUCCUUGUCUGUUUGACUGGCUGCAGGUGCAGGAGCAGACGGGCCAGCGCUCUGUGGUCACAAGGUUCUGUGGUAACGUUGCACCACCGACAGUCAACACCAACAGCAGCACAGUCUGGGUCACCUUCCGCUCUGAUGGCAGCAUCACAGGCAGUGGCUUCACGGCUCAGUACAGGACUAUGCUGCCAGGACGACAGAGCUGCUCCGGAGAGGAGUUCAUGUGUGACAGUGGUCGCUGUCUGUUGCCUGUGUCCGUGUGUGACGCUCAUCCAAACUGCAGCGAUCAAAGCGAUGAGGCAAACUGCAGCCACAAACACACGGAAUGUGGCGGGUGGAGGUCUGGUCCUUCUGGAUACCUGUCGAGUCCAAACCACCCAGAACCUUAUCCUCACCAGCAGUUGUGUGUGUGGUAUUUAUCUGCUGAAGAGGGUCACGUCAUCACGCUGAGUUUCAGGAACUUCAGCCUGGAGACUCAGGAUGUGUGUGAGUUUGAUUAUGUGGAGGUUCAUGACAGCGUCGACACCGGAGCUGGAAGAGUCCUGGGAAGGUUUUGUGGCACCAACUUUCCCCCGGACCUGACCUCCUCCGGCCCCCACAUGACUGUGCAGUUUGUGGCUGAUGCAGGAGUCGCUGACAGCGGCUUCUACGCAACAUACCAGGCCGUGUCUGUGCUGGAGAGGAUGUGUGCUCCCAGCCAGUUUACCUGCAGCACAGGGGAGUGUCUCCAGCCACAGUGGCUGUGUGAUGGAUGGAACGACUGCCCUGAUGGAGCAGAUGAACAGGGCUGUGAAAACUCCACCUACCCUCCCUUCACUUCAACAUGUGAGUAUAUAGACGUACAGAUGUGUCAGGGCCUCAGCUACAACCUCACCUCCUUCCCAAACAUCUGGAUGUCAAUAGCUGAUCAGACAGAAGCUGCCACACUCCUGCAACAGUACCAGAGGCUGGUGUGUGGGAUGUUCCUUCCCCAGUGCUUCCCCCACGGUGGUGUUCUCCAACCCUGCCGCUCAGUUUGCUCCACAGCUGAGGAGCAAUGCAGUCAGGCCCUGGAUCUCCUCUCCUUCAGCUGGCCCUUCAACUGCCACCUCCUCCCGGACUCACUGGACCCCAUGGACUGCUCUCUGCCUUAAUGAUUUUAAACGUGCGUGAUGAUUCUCCAUCUCGACAUUUGUGCUGCACUGUCUGAGGCAACAAGCCUGGGAUUUCACAUUUCUGAGGACAAAUGAUUAUAUUUCAUUUGAUGUAGUUUUUCCAACAGCUUUCUCAUUUGCACUAAAACCUGGUCCACGGCCUGUGAUUUGACUUUUUGUGAACCAGAUAUCCCAGAAACUCUGCACUACUUUGAUCAUAAGACGGCACAGUAGCCAUUUUGCAGAAGUAGUUUAAAAGUACUAAAAAGGUUUUUACCGGGGGUCGGGUAGUUGAGAUUUUGAGCAGUUAUAGGUGAGAAUCCUGAAGGUCAUAAAAUGGAGAGAGAGAUGAGCUAAUGUUCUUCACAUCCAUUUUCAAAGUAAGAGUCAAAGUUGGGAAAAGACAUUUUCCACUUGUUUACUGUGGCAAAUGUUUUUUUCUGUCCAAGUGUCACUUGAUUAAAACCUCACAAAGUCAAAUAAGUGCACACGUUUUAAAUGCAGAACAAAAUCAUUUACACAGUUCAAGAUGAAAACAGUUUGUAUUCACACAAAUAGAUGCAUUUGCUACACAAAGUUUGAUUGCACAUUUUCAAAACUAUAAAUCAAUCACAAGAUACACAGAUUACAGUGUGCAAAAGUCUCGGCACGAGCAACGCUGAGGUUUUUAUGUCUGUGAUCGUCUGCAUUUAUCCAAACGUGAAGCGAUAUAAUAUAAAUAUAAUAUGUGACAUGAUACGACUGAACGUUGCUUUUACACAUGAGAAAACUUUAUGUUUAACUCAUUCAACAUGUCUUGAAAAACGAGACCUUUUCCAUAGCAGAUAUUUGUCAGACGUACGUGACACAGGCAAUAACAUUAACUCCACUUCCACUCCAAGUGUAAGACAGCCAGGGCUGUGCUGUCAUUGAAGUAAAAAGGAAGAUCACGCCAAAUACUUGACUCUUUAACCUGUAAUAACCCUCUUCUCUUAUUUUAAAACUGCAUUCAUGUUUCCCGUAUUACUGUAUGGUCACUAAGACCUUUGCACAGUAUUUUAUGUGCUUCAUAAGUCAAUGACUGCGCCGCUAAGACGGAACGAUAAGUUUCAGGGUCCGCUCUAAAGCAGUAGCAGUCAGGCCCCACACUCGCUGGUUCCUGUUGUGAAACACUGGGAGUGUGUAUCCAUAUUUAUCCCCCGUCCGGAAGUGUGUGUAGCCACAGUUCUGCGGGUUGCACAAGUGGGAUAAAGGCAACGAGAAGACCUCCUCCACCUGGGACAGAAACAGACAAGAGAGGCAGACUACAUUAUUAAAGACUGAAAUGCCUUAGGAUUGUUGUGUAAACGUCUUCCAGAAAAGAGGCUUUUCAGUUAUUCACACAUGGGGAAUCCAGCCCAUUUGUAGCAGAUCUAAAACUAGCAGAGCAACAAAUAGCCUGUACCUCUGCAGGGUUUGGGUUAAAGGACAACUCUUCUAGAGGACCAAGGUUAGCCAGCACAGGAGCGAUCACCAUUCUGCUCUGUAGACACAAAAGACAACAGUUUGUAUAUUAAAUAUAAAAUGAUCAAGGAAGAGUGAAAUGUUUAACUGAGGUGAAACCAUGUUUUGUUUUUUGCUCUAAUAUUAAGAGUUGUUCUGGUAAUGGACAUAAAAUGGCCAUUAAAAAAGUGUGGUGCAAGGGGAAAUGAAAA